AUGAAUCUCGCGCAACUAUUAGCCUGUUUUGCUACUCUAGAUUUACAAAAGUUUAAGUACUGUUUAACUGAUUUCUUAGAGGAGCAAGGAAACCGACUAUAUUUACAUGAAUUCAUACCUUUUUUACGUUUAUUUAUGAAAAAUCCAUUGGAUUUAUAUGAGAAAUAUUACAAUGAAAUUAAAGACUACACGAAAAAUAUAUACAAAACACAUGAGAAUACAUACCAUAAAGACGUAAACCGAGACUUUUGUGAUGUACUCAUUGCCACUAAACUGAACGCCAGUAGUGAGGACAGGGAGUCGGCCCAGUAUUACACGGAUGAAAAUCUGACCUUGGUUAUGAUCGAUUUGUUUUUAGCUGGAACAGAAACAUCAAGCACCACAUUUCAAUGGAUGAUAUUAUUAAUGACAUAUUACCCGGAUAUUCAACGAAAGUUGCGUGAUGAAAUUAAUAGUAAACUCAAUGACCGUAUCGCAACAAUAAGUGACAAAGGUCAUUUGGAUUAUUGCAUGGCGUUUGUAUUCGAGACAUUACGGUACAGAAAUGCCGCACCCUUUGGCCUAUUUCAUAGCGCUAUACAAUCUACUAAAUUAAGUGACAAAUAUCCUAUUCCAGAGAAAACGUAUGUAGUAGGCCAUCAAGCAUAUAUUUUAACGGAUGAGAAAAACUGGAUAAAUGCUGAUAAAUUUAGCCCUGAUCGUUUUCUGGAUAUUAAUGGAAAAUGCAAUAGUGUUAAACCGCCGGCAUUUAUACCAUUUAAUACUGGACGUCGAAUUUGCCCUGGUGAACAAUUAGCAAUAAAUAACUUGUUUUUAAUCCUGAUUUAUUCAGUUGACUCGUGA